CCACUUCCGCUUUCAAGCAGCCGAUGUGGCCGCAUGGCCGAACUGUUUGUAGACUGAAACAAUGUCCACUAUAAGUCCUGUCCAAAUAGCAGUACGCCGAGCAGCCAAAAAUCUUCAACUGAGACCUUUCAAACGAAUUACCGUUAAGUUCGAUCCUUUUCACAAGAACGUCACCCCGAUCAGAGAUUUCCUUCACCAGGUUAGUGCGCUGCGGGUGCGUCAAACGAACCCCGACUGUGUGCUGAAGACCGACGUUGUUUGUGACCGCUCCGACCCAUCCAUCGAGCUCACGUUGCUGGACGGUCACCGGGUGAUCAUCCGCACCGACUACCUGACCAACCUCGAGGUGCUGGAGACCAUGAACAAGGUUGCCACCACCCACGACGUCGUCAAGGAGUGAACGCACCUCCCGAGAUACAUGGCGAAGUCGGAAAAGCUCACGCCGCAGGCGGAGCUCUUCUUCAAGGUGUACGGACAGAUACCGGCAUUCAAAGACAUCUUCGACGAAGAGACCUUCUACAUCUUCGCUGUCUGUUUCGUGCUUGGCACAUGUGUAGUGGCAUUUAUACUCUCCCGCUUCAUCGUGUUGAGGCCGGUCGAGUAGCAGAGUAGCCUGCAACCUUGCUGCAGAGUUAGCGUAGUCGUUCAUGGGGGGGGGGGGGGGGAUGGAAAUUGCAUUUGGACAGGUUUUGAAGGCAAGACAUCCAGAGUGCGAUAGCUAUGUCGAAUAAAAGGUGCAACAACCUGCUUGGACAGGAUUGUUUAAUGGUCUUGUGAUGGACAUUAA